CAUUCCGUAUUAUGCGUGGUGCCCCUCGUGAUGCUGCAGCGAGGCGGGCGGGAGGAGUAGAGGGGCGGGGAGGGGUCGCUCCAUCUCCUCGCGCAGCCCCUCCGAAUUCACUUCUCACAGAGCGCGCGGGGCUGCUGGCGGGAAGGCACGAGAGAGAGAGAGAGAGAGAACCACAGAGGUGGGAAGGAGUGUGUGUGUGUGUGUGUGUGUGUGUGUGUGAGAGAGAGAGAAGGGAGAUAGCGUGUGCGUGCGUGUUGGUGCGCGCGUGCGGAUUGCACCACCGCAUCCAGUUCACCGUUUCUGCAGGCGGCCGAGCUCCGAUGGAGAUAAUAAACUCGCGCUAGGGGCUUUUCUCCCUUUUUUUUUUUUUUUUUACCCCUCUUCCUCCUCCUCGUCCUCCAUCCUCUGAUCCAGCCGUUCCAGAUGUGACCGACAAGUCGUUGCAUGACGCCCGCAUUCAGUCCCGCGCCGCUCACCUCGGAGAGACUGUGACACCAUGGCUUUGGUUAUGGAACCUAUCAGUAAAUGGACACCAAAGCAAGUGCUGGACUGGAUGAAAGGUCUGGAUGACUGCCUCCAGCAGUACGUGAAGAGCUUUGAGCGGGAGCAGAUAGGAGGAGAGCAGCUGCUGCACAUCACCCACCAGGAGCUGGAAGAGCUCGGCGUCACCAGAAUAGGACACCAGGAGCUUAUACUGGAAGCUGUGGACCUCCUCUGUGCCUUGAACUAUGGCUUAGAAACAGAGAACCUCAGAACAUUGUCCCACAAGCUCAACGCUUCAGCAAAGAACCUCCAGAACUUCAUCCUGGGCCGACGGAGGGGGGGUCAUUACGACGGACGAGCCUCCAGAAGGUUGCCCAACGACUUCCUUACGUCAGUGGUGGAUUUGAUUGGUGCUGCCAAGAAUCUGCUCGCCUGGCUUGACAGGUCUCCAUUCGCCAGUGUGACUGAGUAUUCAUUGCUGAAGAACAACAUUGUGCAGCUGUGCUUAGAGCUGACCACCAUUGUACAACAGGACUGCACCGUGUAUGAAACGGAGAAUAAGAUCCUUCAUGUGUGUAAGACCCUGGCAGGGAUUUGCGACCACAUCAUCUCUCUGUCGUCGGACUCUCUGGUAUCUCAGUCGGCACAUCUGGAGGUGGUCCACCUCACCAGCAUCAUGCCCAGCGAAGGCCUGGGGAUGUACAUCAAGUCAACAUACGAUGGACUCCACGUUAUCACUGGAACCACAGAGAACUCACCGGCAGAUCAGUGCAAGAAGAUCCACGCUGGAGACGAGGUGAUCCAAGUCAACCACCAGACAGUGGUGGGAUGGCAGCUGAAGAACCUGGUGAACGCUCUGAGAGAAGACCCGUGUGGAGUCAUCCUCACGCUGAAGAAAAGGCCCCAGAACACCCUGAGCUCCACCCCAGCUCUGCUCAGGAACGUACGCUGGAAACCACUGGGCCUGCAGCCCAUCCCUACCAGUCCCACCAGCACGUCCCCCACACCCGUUGGAACCCUGGGCAUGUCCAAAAUGGACGCCCCCAGCAUGCAGGAUGUCUACAUCCUCUCUCCCGUCUCUGGACUCUACAGCACCAGGGAGGAGAUGGGCCUCAUGUCAUGCGACGACAUCGGUCACUACAGCGUAGGCUCCCAGUCCGGGUCCAAGGGCUCAGAGGCCGUCAGCUACUAUCUGGACCAGGACAGCGGUCAGUACUUUUCUCUGCUGGAGGGCGACGGACCCGCUGGGACGGACUACGACCGGUGUCGCAGUACGGGCGUGCGACGGCGGGACAAGACACCGACGCAUGGUGAUCUCAGACCUGUUUCCAUGCCUCCUGAAUAUAACUGGCUGGCCGAAGCCAAGGAACCCAGCAUGGGCAAGAGAGGGAGCAGAGAUUCGGACAACUCGCUGCUGCGGUAUCUCAGCGACGACAAGAUCCUGGUGAUCGAGGAGGAGCCCGAGGGUCUGGGCAGAGAGAGCCGGCGGGAUUCCACCAGACGCUCGCGUCGCAAGAGCCGUAAUCCCAGCAGCCCCAGCUUUCCGAUCAGCCCCUCCAUGCUUUCCUCCACCUUACGGCUUGACCAACCACCUGAGCCUCUCCCGCGGGGUGCAGACACGCUGCGAGCAGACACGACCGACAGGUACUCUGGUACAGGAAGCUCAGGAGCCGCCUCCAUGAGGAAGUCUUUCCAUUACACGUCUUUAAGAACAAAAACCAAAAAGAGAAGUAAAGGUUCCCUCACCAGUGCCAGUCGAAGGAGAAUCUCCUGUAAGGAUUUGGGCCACGGCGACUGCGAGGGCUGGCUGUGGAAGAAGAAGGACGCUAAAGGCUAUUUCACCCAAAAAUGGAGGAAGUACUGGUUCAUCCUCAAAGAAUCUUGCCUUUACUGGUACACCAACCAAAACGAUGAGAAGGCUGAGGGCUUCAUCAGCCUCCCCGAGUUCAGAAUAGACCGAGCCAUAGAGUGCAGGCGGAAAUUCGCCUUCAAAGCCUGUCACCCCAAAAUCAAGAGCUUCUUCUUCGCCACAGAUUGUCUCGAGGAGAUGAACAGGUGGAUGAACCGGCUGGGCUUAGCUGCUAUUGGCUACACACCUGACGAUAAGGUGCCACGCCCCGAUGAAGACUACUGGAGCGAGAGCGAUCAAGACGAGGUUGACGGAUCGAUGACACUCAAACAGGAGGGGCCCUCGUCCCUCUGUGAUACUUACCACCGCACGCCAUCUGCCAACCUCCUCCACAGUUACGACCAGUUGCCCCGCUCGUUGAGCUCCAUGAGUCUCCUGCGCUCCACUCCAUCCCCUCUCCCCAAAAGUGCCUCCACCUCCCCGAUUCCUCCACAGAUGGUCUCUUCCACCUCCCCUCUCCCUCUCCAGGUGAAUUCCUCCAGCCCUUUCCCGGAGUCCAAGCACGGUCGACAUUUCUCGAGCGAGUCCACGCACUCUCACUCCUCGGCCGAGGACCAGCGCGGAGACGGCAUGGGCAUGGGGACGGGCACGGGCAGCACCAGCACCCACUCGUCCAGCUGCCGCUCGUCCCACCGCGAGCGCCGCUCCUGGCAGGACCUCAUCGAGACCCCGCUGACCAGCGCGGGGCUGCACUUCCUGCAGACGGCGCCGGGGGAGAGCGAGUAUGGCGGCCUGAUUGGGGGAAUGGCCGGAGAGAUGGGGUACUACGGCGGGCUGGGCAGGCAGGGAAUGUCCCCGGAGAGGCGCCGGCAAGCGACGCUACCCGUACGGCGACACCAUGCGGCGGAGAGGGACAGGGAGCGGGACGGGCCCUUCCCGCUGGAGCGAGGGCCGUACACACACAACCACACGCACCGACGCUCCCACAAGCAGCGGAGCCAGAGUCUACCCAGGAACAGAGAUCCAAUCCUGGGGAAAUUUCUGCACAGUGCGGCUCAUAUGGAGGAAAGGAGUGAGGAUGAGGAGGCAGAGAGCUCAGCUGCAGACAUGCUGGAGGCAGAGGAUGACCUGCGGGAUUUCAGAAUGGACAGCAGAGAAAGGAGAGUGUCGGAGGGAAGGGAACGACGAAUUUCAGACGGACGCGACCCUGAGCCUCUGGACGGGCUAGAGCAGCUCUACCGGGCCCUGGAGCAAGCCAAUGUGAACGCUCUGGGGGACCCCAGGCCCUGCAGCAAACAGGAGCUGCGACGCUGUUUCACCCAGAGAGUCAGGGACCCCCUGCUCAACGACCGGCUGCACCGGGUCCGAGCCCUCCGCAGCACUUUGAAGGCCAAAGAGUCUGAGCUGGAAGUGAUCUGCGCCCUUCUCGAGGACCCCACGCUCUGCUCCCAGACCUUCAGAGAGUGGAAGCAGUGGCACAGCGAGCUCUACGCCGAAAUCUGCCAGCUCAGCCCUGGCACCAACGGCCAGGAUGACCUCUCCCCGAUGGGCGCGCCCCUCAUGACCCACACGCACUCCUUCAUCGAGACGCACGUGUGAGGUGUGCGGCACGGGGCAGCCGACGCGCGAAACCCCAACUCUCGGCCCGGAGAGCCUCCCGUGGUCCCGUCACGACUCCGAGCACGCACUCACACACCAACACGGGGACAGACUUUGUAAGAUGUGUAAAUAUCACAGAAGGGGGGGGGGAGCAGUCUGAGAGGUGCGUGGAUGAACUUUUGAUAAUCACGAGGACCCUCCCCCCACACAGGGUGCCUAUUGCAUGCCUGAACAGAAAGCAUUAAUCUUCCUUUGUCUAUGGAACUCACCUAAAGUCCACACGCUUGUCGAGCAAAACAGGAAAACAACAAAAAAAGGGAGACUUUGAGCCCAUGUUUUGUUUCUUUGUGUUUUUUUUUGUUUGUUUUUGUUGUCGAUGUUAGAGGACGGGGGGAGGCUAUGUAGCAGCAAUACAGACGAGAAACCUUUUCACCACAGCACUGUACUUUUCUACUGACGAACUUUGCACCCAGAGCCACCAGUUCUCCCCCUUUCUCUAAAAAUUGUUUUCUUUACUUCUCAUUGCAUAUCUCGUUGAUUUACAGGGAAACCGCUGUUAUUUCAGGCUGAUCUCUCGUGGGAAAUUGUGAGAACAGGAAUAAAUAUAGAAACGCCGUUUCUAUAUUUAUUUUUAUUUUUUUCUUAAAGCUGUUUCUCUGGGAACCCAUGAAAUUAAGCAUCAAGCAACAACUGUGCCGGCCACAAAGCACGCUCCUUUAAACUGUGAAGUGUUCAGACGUCCUUGCAGAAGGAGGCUCCUCUGUUCAAAUGCAAUCCCGUUUUUUUUGCACCUUCUGAUUUCUUUGUUCUCCUUCUUCUCCCCCUCUUCCCCCUAUCUAAUAGUUCUCAAAAAGACUUGUGUAAAUGUGAAUACUGAUGUAAAUGUUUGAGUUCCACUACCACUGUGAUACGCUUCUAGAGGUAGCGGAGAGAGACGGUGUUUCUAUUAGUGUGGGUGCAAGACUACUUUUGUUUUUCUUUUUCCUUUUUCUUUUUUUUUUACCUUUUUUUUUUUUUUUCCACUCAAUGCAAGAGCAAAGGAGUUCUCUUUUCAAAGAAGUCACUCACUACAAAGAAUGCACUUUCUGUAUCUCUGUGUCCCAUCGGCUGCAUCACAGGGUCUCCGUCUCAUCGGCCUCCUUCCCAUUGCUGUUCAGAUAUCAGGUAAAAAGCGUUUGCCGUCUCAUUUGCUAACGAUUCGUGUACAGUCUGCAGAUAUAUUUAAGCCUAGAGGAGAAUAUAUAAAUCUAUUUACGUUUUUGUGUCAUAGAUAUAAUGUAAAGUAAGAUGUAUUCUAUGCCAAGGUUUUUUGCAGUGCCCCGCCCUCCACCCUCCACCCUCCUCUUUACACAGGGCGCUCGGCAGCGGUCGUACCGGCUCAGCUCACAGCUGGCCCAUUUCUCUGCGAUGCGUUGCACGAGGAAAGGUCUGGAACUGGUCAGAGUGGGACAGGGUAAAAAUACUGUGGAUUAUUUUUCUUCCUUUUUUAUUUAUUAGUCUUGUAGCGCAUGGUACAUGCAAAAAAGUACGUUUUUUGUUGGGGGUUUUUUUUUUUUAAUAGCGUAUAUUUUCAAAAUCUUUCUUUCAUUGCAUACGGUUUAAAGACACACACUGUACAUCCGAAGGUGAUAUUUCUUUUUGCUGCUCAGCUCUUUCAUAAUGCAGUUGUUGAAUUUCGUACUCAAGCGGACGGUUUCAGUUUGUUGUUUUUUGGUUCGUCUGCAGUGUCUCCUGGAAGUAUUCACAGCCCAUAAACAUACUCUGAAUUUGUCUCAUUAAUUCCUCAAACUUCGCUGUAUUUAAUUAGGAUUUUAUGUAACAGAGCCAGGGCCGGAUUUAAAAGGAUGCGGGCCCCUGGGCCGGAGCCCGUUUUGGCGCCAAAUCCACCACAAAUAAACUCUUCUACUAAUGCAAAUACACUAAUACAUUAAUAGGUAUUAUAGGUAUCCUAUAAACAGGCGGGUAUGAAUUGAUGCAUGGUAGGUUUAAUACAUCCGCUGAGCAGUAAUCCCAUGUUAUUCUCCCCUAAAUACAAAGCUCCAUAACUUUAAGCUUUUCACAUACUUAAUUAUUGUUUAGAGUCAUAAACAAAACCCAAAUAUUAAUACAAUUCACCUUAUUUUGGUCUUUGAAUUUCAUAUAAAGUACAAUGGAAAACAUGCAUUUAAUAAAAGAAAUGAAAAGUCUGUGGGGUCCCCCAAAAAUUGAGACCCUGUUCUAUUUUUAAUCCCUCUGUUGCUUAAAAGAAAUAGUUGAAUAUAGUUUUCAUUCUUCUUUUUUUUUUUUUUACAAAUAAUAUCUGAAAAACACGGCAUGCUUUCGUGUUCGUCCCUCAUAAGUCAACACUUUGCCGCAGUUUCACCAUGAGGUCUGUUGGGUAGGACUCUUCUGGAUCUUGAGAUAAAUAUGUUUCAUAUCAUCGUCAUUUACCACGGGCCUCUCCGCUGCUUCCUCUAUCAACGCUCUCCUCGCCGGCCGUGUCUCGGUGGCUUUACAGUUCUGCUACGCGAGUUAAAAACUAACCCAGCUUUUAACUUCUCCUGCACUUUAUUUCUGGCCUCUCUGCUGUGUUUCUUAGUCUUUAUCAGGCAUUUUGUUCAUUCAUUUUCCCUAAUAAUCCUCUGAACAGAUUGGAUUAUUUUUUUAGGCCUGUCGGAGCAAAAAUUUAUUUGUAAUAUAUUUUCAUACCAGGCAACGUUUUUGCUGGAAGGGGAUCUAUUAUGCGAAAUUCCCGUUAUGCAUAGUGCAAAUUUUUGUACUUCCAUUCGGGUCUCUGCUGCUUCUAAAAAAAAGAAAGAAAAUGAAACAACCCAAGCACUGUAAAAAGAAAAACACCCAGACUUUUUUGGGGGCAAUAAUCCUUUUUCAAUUUCUGGAAAAUAACUUCCCGAUAGUUAAGGCCACAUGUAGCGGCAGCUCCAGUCAGCUGGUUUUACCGCUGUAUGCGCUUUACAAUGGCUGCUGUGUGAAUGCUGAGUUGGGCUUAUUUGGAUUUAAAGUGACAGGACGCCAUAGAACAGCUCAAAAUCCUGAGAACAGAGCAGACUAAAAUCUCAUUAUCUAAAUGUUUUGUGUAGCCCAUAGACCUAUCAUAACUCACAAUAGGUCUCCAUUAACUUUAGACUAUACAUUUGAGUUGAACUAUUCCACAAAAAUCCUGGUGAAAUGCUUUAAAUGUAUAUUGUUAUUGACUGUAAUGUCAAAUAUGUGCGCAAACACAGCAUAGGAAGGUUCAUGGGGUGUUAUUACUUUUACGAGACACUUCAAAAAACGUUUUUAGGUUUCUGUCUCUAGAGACAUUAGUGCAGUUACCUAGGAAUCCCUGUGAGGAAGUGGCUGAUGCUGGCUGGUGACGGACUACCACACUGGAAUGGUCCGUACCAAUCGCUUCAUCUGCAACUUCAGGCCAAGGACUCAAUGGUGCCCCCUAGUGUCCAAGACUCUGAACAAUGUGUAGCACCGGCUGCAUCCAGCACUAACUACCGUGUGUCCUGAUCUUGGUUUUUUUUUUCUGUCGGUCUUGAGUGGAUUUCUUUCGUCAUGUAACACUGAAGUGA